AUGGACAACAACCAGAUAUACGAAAUGGAAGAAUAUACGUCUUCUAUUGGCGGUGGUCAUCACGGAAAUAUUUACAAAAUAAAAAUAUUAACAUACUUAGCUCAAAUUAAAAAAGAAUCUGAUCUAGUUUGGAUAGAAUGUAAGGAAAAUGGCCUGGAAAACCGAAGAUCAUUUAUGUUGCAGUCAAGUCAUAGGUCGAAAACAGAGAAUUGUUUGAUAUCAGAAAAUGACUUACUUUCGAAAUAUUUUAAAAAUCUCGAAAAUAAAAACUUUUUUGUAAGAAGACCACAAAGGAAUUUUUUUCCUUUUGGUGAAGCCUAUGAGCAAAAUCAAAGCAAUGAAGCUUAUAUCGAAAAUUUGGAUAAAUAUGCAACCGAAACGCUAAACGAUUCUAAUUGCGAUUGCAGAAAAUUUAUAGAAAAAUAUGUUUUCAUAAUAAAUGCUCCGACAGAGGACGAAUUAGACCAAAUUAUAUUGAAGGAAAUUGAACAUAACACAAAUUUAAAUAUUCUUGAUUUGAUUCCAUUUCGAGAAUGUUUUUUUAAGUUUGUUAGUGACUUAGUUUAUCUUGAAAUAGAAAUUAAUUUAACUUUAGAAAUGAUCGAAGAAUUUUAUCAUAAAAUUUGGCAGUGUAUUCCAGAAGCAUUAAAAUUAAGAGAAAAGAUCAUAUUAAUAAAUCAAGAAGAACUAAAGUCAUGUAGAGCGAUUAAUAUUGUAAAAAGACACUUACUUGAUCCCGAUACAAUAACAAUAAUAGAUUUAUAUUCUGAAGAAGGAUAUGAAAUACUGAAGGCAGCUAUUGAUAUAAGUUUUGAUUUACAAAGCAAAUUGGUUUUGAUAUCAACGGCAAAACUGCGAACUACUAUGACUUCAAUUUCGGAUAAUUUUUGUUUUAAACAUUUGGAAGAAAAUUCAAAAAAUGCAGUAAUCGACCGAAAAAUCCUUAUUUAUGAAAACGAUGAAGUAUUGACUGCGGAUACAUUAAAUUUUAUAUUAAGUUCUGCAAACCAAGAAAGUUCAGUAACUGAAAAUUUUACAAACGAAAUCUAUAUGAAAAGACGACUUACUCUUGAAAAUACUUACAGCAAGGAAAGUAUUUUAAUCAGAGAAUGUGAUAUUGUGAAUCAAUUUUUACACCGUGAUACUACAAUUUUAAUAACAGGUUCAAUGGGGAUGGGCAAAUCACUAUUGCUUAAAAAUAUUGAAAAAGAAAUUAAAUAUGGUUUGGAUGAGAUAAUGCCAUUAUACACCAAUUUGAUAUUAACAUUUAUACGCAACACAGUAACUUUCUUUAAUAAUGUAACAUUGAUUUUGGCAUCACGCCCUUUGACUGAAAUAGAUUUGGGCCAGUAUGAAAUCAAUAAAGUUCUUAAGUUGCAAAGUGUAUCAGAUGAAGAACAAAUUAAUUAUUUAACCGAAUAUUGCAUCAGAAAUAUACCAUAUUUUCCAUGCUAUUUAGAACAUCGAAAUUUAACGGAACUCUCUUCUUUUCUAAUAAAGAGAAAAUUUAAAUUUGAAUUCGAAAGCAGUGUCACCAGUACACCACUAUUACUACAUGUACUUGCUAGAGAGCUAAAAACUAAAAUAGAAAAUAUUGACCAAAUGAAUGACAACUACAUGACUGAUGCGCUGGCACUGUCAAAAGUUUUUUCGCAAGAGGAUUUAGAAUUUAUUGGAAUUUUCUAUGAUAUUCAAUCUAAGUUAAACAAUUUUUUCAAAAGGUGUUCAUCUUACGAAGAAAAAUACGGUGUUGUUAAAAUAAACGAACAGCAGAACAAAACCGAACUAGUUUUUAUCCACUCAUCUUACGUUGAGUACUUUGUUGCAAAAUAUUUUUGUAGCAGUCUGAGAAGAAAUUUCGUCGGAAGUACGUUAGUUAGAAAUUUUCUUUUGAGUGAUAUUUUGGUUCGACCUUGCUUAAAAACUGUUAGAACAUUUUGUGAUGAGUGGUUUAAAAUGCAGUCUAUUACAGAAUUGUCAGUACUGGAAAAUUUAUUGAAUAGUAGAUUUGGUACUGGAGACUUUAUCCAGGCAUUUACAGAUCUUCUUAAGAAUUUAUUGAAAGAUCUUCAUUUCCAUAUUUGUAUUUACUUAAUAUUUUAUUUAAACCAAGAAAUCCGGACGAAUGUGAUACAUUCUACAGUAGAUGAUAAUAAGAAUACACUUUUACACUAUGCCGCAGAAUAUGAUGUGAAAAAUUUAGCCGAACACUUAGUAGAAUAUGGUGUUGAUGUAAAUUUAAAGAAUAAAUAUGGACUUUCAAGCGUACAUGUUGCACUAAAGAACGAUUAUAAUAUCUGCGGUUCUGAAAGUAAUAGUGAUACAGAAAGUGAUACCGAAUCGGAAAGUGAUGUUUAUGAUUAUUUUGAGUUUAAAACUAACAAUGAUGAAUUUUGUAAAAAUGCUCUUAUAGCAGCAGCUUAUUAUGGGAAUGUGAGAAUUUUGAAUGACUUAUUGAAAUCCAAACUAUGUGAAAAGAACGAUAAAGAUUCAAUUAAAAAAUCAUUAUUAGAAGCUGCAAUUUGUGGACAUUUGGAGGUUAUCAAAAUAUUAUGGUGUCAAUUUGAAAAUAUAAAUGAUAUUCGAAAUAAUGUGGGAGAUUCAAUUCUAGUUUUAGCAUGUAAAUUUAAUAACUCUGAAAUUGUGAAAUAUUUAUUAUACGAAAAAAAUGUAGAACUCGAUAUACCAAAUUACGCCGGUGAAACAUCUUUAAUAGUAAGCGUAAAAUACGGUUACUCAAAAUUAGUUAAAAUUCUAAUUGAGAAAGGGGCAAAUGUCAAUGCUCAAGACAAUUUAGGAAAUUCAUCAUUAAUUAUUGCUUCAAAAGAAAACUGUUCAGGAAUUUUGAAAAAUCUGUUACAGCAUGGGGCAGAUAAAAGUUUGCAAAAUGACUUUGGUGAAACAGCGUUAUUUUUAGCAACAGAAAAUGGUUUUGUUACGCUUCUUUUGAAAAACGAAUCCAAAGACUCAAAAGGAAGUAAGCAAUACUACUAUGCUAUUGGAACUGGUCAUCAUGGAAAUUUAUACCAAAUUAAAUUUUUAAUGUAUUCAACAUUGAUUGCUGAUAAUAAAGGUUAUCGAAAAUUUAAGAUAUCAACAGAAAGAUCAGAGUUCGGUAAAUUUGAUGACAUCGCAAUUGAAUAUUCAACUGAUUCAAAUAUAUGUGACCGCUUAAUACUAAUGCAAGCAAAGCACAUACAAAAUCCUAAGCAGAAUUUGUUAACUAAAGCUAUUAUGGCAAACCCCAAAGAUGAGAAAGGAAACUACAAAAAAAAAAUUUCGCCGUUUUGCAUUUUUAUUUAUUUUGAAUCAUAUAUAAAAUUUUACAACAAUGAAAAAUAUGGAAACAUCAUAGAUAAAAUAGACGGUAUUUAUAUUUUAACAAAUACUUGGUUUCAAAAAAAUGUCCAUGAAUAUUUUACUCCAAACAACUCCAAAAAAUAUUUUGAUUUUGGUGAAGCAUACGAACUUAAUGACGAGGCUAUUAAGUUGCUGAAGAAGCUUUUUGAGCUAAGCAGUGACCUGAAAGCGAGUCCUAGUGAUUACGAACAGUUUCAGAAAAAAUUUGUGUUUAUAGUUAAAACACCAAGUGAAGCUGAACUUGAUAAUUACAUUGAAGAAGAAAUAAAAAAUAAUUUACAGAUAAACUAUUCCGAGUUAAAAGUUUUUAGUACAAACUUUUUUUAUUUUGUCAGUGAUAUGUUCUGUCAAGAGAAAAAAACUUAUUUAACUUUUAACAAAAUUAAAGAACUCUAUAUUUAUUUUAAAUUAAAACUAUCUACGUUGAAUAAGUUUAAGAAACAUGACUACAGAAUUCAGUUUUCUUCAGAUCAUCAAUUGGUUUCUGAUCUAACGAAAAUUUUUGAAAGCAAUGAUGUCCGUAAGAUUUUUAUCAAAACUUCUAAUUUCUCUAUAACGAAGUAUGGAAUAUGGCAGUGCAUUCCGGAAAAAUAUAAAUUAAAUGAAAAAAUAAUUCUAGUAACUGAAAGAGAUAUUAAAUCGGAAAAUUUAUUUAAAGUUAUUGCAAAAAACUUUGAUCUUCCUUAUACAAUAACUAUAAUUGAGUCUAUGAAUAAAGAUGAAGAAAAUAUGAAAAUGAAGUGGAUUACAGAAGCUGAAGGCCAUCCAACUAGUAAAUUAAUACUAAUCUCAACUUUUAAACUAUCGGGUGCAAAAAAUUUGAUAUAUGAUGAUUUUAGUUUUUUAAGCUUGGAUGAAAAUUCCAAAAACCGAGUUCUCAACUUUAAAAUAGAGUUUUUGCAUGAAGAAAUGACUUUGAAAGAAAUAUUUCAAAAUUAUAAUACUAUUAUAAAUGAUGAUAAGUGGCUACCCUGUGAUACACUUAACGUUAUUCUUGAUUUAAUGCGCAAAGAAAACAAUGGCGAAAAAGUGAAACGUUUUUCUAUAUUGAAAAAUUAUCCAAAAACGUGUAAGGAUUGUUUAUACAUUAAGAGGAAAUUGAUUUUAAAAGAUACUACUAAGCUGAACAAGAUUGAAAAUAAUGAAGAUUUAAUCGUUCCUGAAGAAAGCAUUUUUAAUUACUUUUCAAAUUUUGACAAUAUAAUUAUAGUGACAGCGAUAAUGGGAAUGGGAAAAUCAUUACUUCUUGAAAGUAUUGAAGAAGAAUUUAAAAGGAAAUGUAAAAUUGAUAGAACAUUUGAUUUAGUAGCACGAAUCGAUUUGCUUAGAUUCCAAAAUAAAGUUUUUGAUAACUUUAGAUCCAUUACAUUUACUAAAGAAAAAACAUUUGAAUUCUUAUUGGAGUGUUUUGCUUUUGGGACGACAACUCCCCAUUUGGAAUUUGUUAAAAAUGUAAUAGAAUAUCAUCUUUAUAAAGGGAACCCGCUUUUAUUGAUUGAUGGUUUCGAUGAGGUGGCGCCAAUAUAUACAGAGUUAAUAAUGAAUUUUAUUAACAGUAUUCGAAGAAAUUUUCGUAACGUUAGAUUAAUUAUUGCUUCUCGUCCGAAUAUUGAGAAAGAUUUUAUAAAACAUAAAUUUCAACACUUUUUUAAUAUAAAAAAUUUCUCAGAAGACCAACAAAUUAAUUACUUAAUGAAAAGUUGGGGAAUGAACGUAAUAUUAAGCAAACACAUACCGCAGGAGAUUUUAAGAAAGCUUGCUGUUCAUCUAGUAAAAUUCAAAUUAAUAUCUAAAUCUAAAAAUAAAAUUACCGGAAUACCAUUACUUAUUUAUAUGUUUUCACAUAUUUACGAAAGUAAGAUGCUGAAAUACAUUAAGAAUUUAAAUGUAUUUUCUGAUCGCCAUCUGAUAAAUAUUGAAAGCGAAUUCGAGGAUCUGUUUAUGAAAGAUGUAAAAGAGGAUUUCAAUUUGAUUGUCCUCUAUGAUCAGUUUAUGGAGAACCAAAUUGAAUACCACUACAAAGAGAAAGAGCUGUAUGAUGUGAAAGGAAAUCUUUAUUUUUCUGGAAAGAAAAGUUUUUACAAGGAAUUUUUUGAGGAUCACGAAGCUCUUGCGUUACUGACGGUAUUUUCAAAAUCUGACCUAAAACAAAUGGGUAUUUUUGAAAUGAUUACAGAAAGAUGCCAAUAUUUAAUCAAAAGGAUUUCAAAAGAUGAGCAUAAAUUUGGCAUUAUAAGAUUUCUUCAAAAUAAAGAAGAUUUGUAUUUUAUGCAUUUAUCGUAUGCAGAAUAUUUUGUUGCGAAAUUUCUUUGCAAAUCAUUACAGCGUAAUAUAGAUUCUACGGCAUUAAUUACCAAAUUUUUCAUUACAACUGUUCUCGGAUCUCCUUUUCUUAUGUCAGUAACAGCAUUUUGCGAUGAAUGGUUAAAAAUUCAUUCAAUUUUGGAAAUUCGAUCUUUCGCAAUUUUAAAAAAUUCAACAACUUUUAUGGACGAAAUAUUGGAGGAACAAGCAGAUAACCUAAACAAUUACCACGCAGAAGCUCUCGAGUAUUGUAUAAAAGGCCUUGUGCGCCUAUUUCAAUUCAAUAUUGCUGCAUGUUUAUUAUAUUAUUUAAAUCACGAGAUACGGGCGGCAAUUGUCAAUCGCAACAUAGAUGAACACGAAAAUAAAAUUUUGCAUUAUGCAGCUGAACACAAUGAAACAGUUUUAGUAGAGAAUUUAAUUGAAUAUGGUGCAGAUAUCAGCAUGAAAAAUGUUUGGGGCUCAUCUUGCUUAUACAUAGCACUAAAGAAUAGAAAUUUUGAAAUUGCAAAACUAGUUGAAAAAUGUUAUACUAUAGGGAAUACAAAAAUUCUUGAGUUCAAAACCUUUUUGUAUGAAACAGUAAUUAGAACCCAAUGCGAUAAAGUUCUUCUUGAAAGUAGCGAUGUUGAUAUGGUUGAAGCUUUCACUAGUAAUGAUCAUGAGAGCCAGAUUCAUGAAAUUGAAAGACAUUCUGGCGAAACUAUUGAAAGCUACAUCACACUUAAAAAUUUAAAUGUGGCGUGUGAAUUAUUUGAUAAAUUAAUUACCAAAAUAUCACAAAUGGAAUCAUCAAAUUAUGAAAGUUUUUGUAUCAACUCAUUUAUAAUGGCGUCUAGGUAUGGAAAUAGUAAAAUUUUAAAUUAUUUAUUAAAACUAAAAUUGCACAAUAAAAAAGCUAUUGAAAUAUCGUUGCUAGAAGCUGCAAUAUACGGGCAUUUACAUAUUUUGAAAAUUUUACUCAAUGAAGUAGAAAAUGUAAAUGAAAUUCGAAAUAAUAAGGGCAAUUCACUUUUGAGUUUAGCAUGUCAAUUUAACUAUUGUGAAAUUGUGGAAUAUUUGUUAAAUAAUGUACAUAUAGAAGUUGAUUUAAAAAACAAUAACAACGAAACAGCUCUUAUGCUGAGCGCAAAAUAUGGCUACUGUAGAUUUGUGAACAAUUUAAUUGAAAAAGGUGCAAAUAUCAACGCACAAGACAAGCAUGGAAACUCAGCAUUAAUUAUUGCGUCAAAAGAAAAUUAUCCAGAUAUUCUAGAAAUUCUUUUACGACAUGGAGCACUUAAAGACUUACAAAAUCUCUACAGUGAAACAGCACUGUUCUUAGCUACAGAGUGUGGGCAUUCUGACUGUGUUGAAGUUCUAUUGAGAUAUGCGGCAGACUCUAGCAUAGAAAAUAAAUUUGAUGAAACUGCUCUUUUUGUCGCAAUUAUUCGUGGAGUUCACGAAAGAGCAAUUUACAAAAGGAAUACUAGUAUUGAUGUUGAUAACAUAAAUUUUAAUGACAUGCAAAUUUACAAAUUUUACCAUAAUGAUGCUUAUCAAGCUCCCCAUACUUAUGAUCAUCUCAAAUUUCCAUUUUCGAAUAAUCGAAACGAUCAUAGAAAAAUUUUAGAUUUACUAGUUACACACAAUGCCAGCAUUUCAUUUAAAAAGGUUAGAACAUCACUAUUUACAGCUGCAGAAAAAGGGUUCUUUAAUGUUGUUAAACUCUUUAUUGAUCAACAGCUUAACAUUGAUGUAGAAGAUUUUGGUUUAACAGCUCUUCAAAUAGCAACGCGAAGGGGUUGGUAUGAUAUAUGCAAAAUUUUAUUGGAAGCUGGCGCUCGAAUUGAAGUAUAUAAAAAUAGCGCACUCUGCGAAGCUGCAAAUUACAAUAGACUUGAUAUUGCAAAAUUGCUAAUUGCAAAAGGAGCUAGAAUAGACUUUCGUGAUUCGUAUAAAGAUACACCAUUAACACAAGCAAGUCGAUAUAACUAUACAGAUCUAGCAAAGCUGCUUUUAGAAAAUGGAGCUGAUCCUAACGCUCAAAAUAUGUAUAAAGAAACCCCAUUAAGUUACGCCGCAUCAAACUCUAAUAUAGAAAUUUUUAAUGCAUUGUUUGAAAGUGGAGUCGAAGUGAGAGUUAAUGUUAAGGACGACCAUAAUAAAACUCCAAUUUAUUACGCUGCAUUAAAGUCAAACUAUGAAAUGGUAUAUCAAUUGAUUGCCAGCGGUGCUUACUUAAAUUCCAGUCAUGAUGAUACUGAGAGAAAUAACCAUGAUGAUGAUGAAUAUGACUCUGAUGUUGAUGAUCCCUCAAUUGGAGAUACUAUCCUUCUGGCUGCGUUAGCGAAUAAUAAUUGUCGUUUAGUUGAAUUACUUGUAAAUCGGGGAGCUGAAAUUAAUACUCCUAACAAGGCUGGAACAACACCCUUAUCAAAGGCUGUGUAUAAAGGUUAUUAUGACAUUGUAAAAUUUUUGAUACAAAAAAAAGCUGACUGCAACUGGUAUAAUGAAAAUGGCGAAAAUCUACUACAUGUGGCAUGCAGAGAGGGUUUUAUUGAUAUUACAAUUUUGCUAAUAUCUAACAAGGUUGAUAUUAACAAAAGGAAUAAAAAUAAUGAAACACCGAUUUUUGUAGCUUCAGACAAAAAUCAUUAUGAAAUUGUCAGAUUGUUUAUCGAACAUGGUGCAGACAUAAAUGUGGAGACCCUAUAUAAUGAAACGCCUUUGUCAAUAGCAAUUAAAAACAAUCAUAAAAGAAUAGUGAAGAUCUUAAGAAAAAAUGGAGCUAUUGAGAGUUUCGUAAACAACAUUGCACCAAAAAAUGAAACUGAAGAGCUGAGUCUUUAUGUGAGAUAUUUAUAUUCUGAACAAAAUGUGUCUGAUUAGGUUCUACUGACAAAUUUUAAAAACGUUACUUUAAUACUGUAAUUGGUUGUUAGUUAUUAACGGCAAUUAAAUUAUUUACAAAUAUGUAAGUUUCUACCAAAGAAGGUUUUUGAAAAGGGGUUUAUAAAUUGAUAUUUAUAUUUGAAAAUAAAUUGCUUAU